GCCUAAGUUCACGCUCGCGGAAUAAAUUGGGUAGCUGGUCAACGCCCCGUACAAGCUAGUCAUGAAGGAAGAAGUUAAUAUACUAGGUCGGUUUGAUCUCCUUUGUUCCAUCAAGUAAAUCGAUUUGCAUAACUUCAAGCCCCUGCAGGGAGAAGACCCAAUGUAUGAAGGAGACGGUCGACCGUCUUUCAGAGCGUACACUUUUUUCUGAGAAGGAAGCCGGACGUAUUAGAGAGUAUGAAGAAGAGAUGCAAUGCCUACUGGCCGACCGAGCCUUCCACCUGCAACAACUACAACUUAUUGACUAUGACAUUAUUCUGUUGAACGCCACUAUUCGUCAUGCUCUACAUGACCAUCAGAGAGCCCAAACUACCACGGAUCGAUUACAGCGCCAAUGCCGAGAGCUGUCCAGCGAGAUCAGUGAAGGAAGAGUCACGCUCCAACUAUGUCCACUUGCGAACCAUGAGAAUGCUGAACCAGAGUCCACUUCCACAGCGAGCAAUCACCGCCGAGUGCGCCUUGAAGCCGGACUAUGUGGUACUUAUUUUUCGGCCUAGGAUGACAAUCUCAGCUGCUGUGGAUGCCGGUCACGUUGGUUCAGACUUGUGUACCGAUCCAGUAACGCUCGAAAUCUCCAUUUCUGAUAAUCACACACAACCGGUAACGACUACUCCUACUCCUCCCGGCUACGGAAACAUAGCUCACUGUAGUCGAGCUUGCGAGGUUAUACCAACUACCCAAGCAGCAGAUGCAGCCAGUUCCGCGGCAGCUACAUCCAACUCGAUUAGUACUGGCUAUUUCGCGGAACGGCCACUGAGCAGUGAACAUCGAGACAACGAGGGCCCGUCAAACCCACGCUCAGCUGAGGCCGUCCCAGACAUCGACCGUGCAUUUUAUUUAGCCGGUAGCCCGGGUUUCGCAAACGUUCGGGAGCGCUUCUCGGCAGAAGGUGCCUCGUGGUCGCAAUUCAAUUCUCCAUCCGUUCAUCCUUCCUUCCACUGCUCAAUGGAUGCGCAUUCGAUUGGUCAGUCUCCUCCAAUGAAAACUUGCCAGUCUUGUCAACAGCUUAUCCACCGAAACGCGCCAAUCUGUCCUCUCUGCAAGACAAAAAGUCGCUCGCGUCAUCCCAAGCGAACCAAACAAAAAUUAACACUGCACCAAAGCGCUGAUUCUGCUUUUGGUUUGUUCAGCUACCCGCCAUCCAGCCUGGCCGACUCAUAGUGCCAUAUACCUUUUCCUAAUAUGGUCAUGUUAUUGUUGUUCUCAAUCUCCACAUGUUCUUUAUCCUCACUUUGUUUACAACAUAUUUCCCUGAAUAGUGCUAAUUAAUCUUUUUUCCGGAUAUAUCUUGAUGUUCGCUACCCCGC